CCUUCUCACCAUCCCGCCCCGCUCCCAGCUCUGUGGACUUCUGACCCACUGCAUGGCUAUGGAGAGCAAAGGGGCCGUCCACGAGGAUGCGCCUCCUGUGGUCUUCUGGGUCCCGGAGGAGGCAGAGAAGUUGGACCAGGAAGGCAAGGGCCAGGUGAAGGAUCGGGGCCAAUGGACCAACAAGAUGGACUUUGUGCUGGCAGUGGCCGGGGAGAUCAUUGGGCUGGGCAAUGUCUGGAGGUUUCCCUAUCUCUGCUACAAAAAUGGAGGUGGAGCCUUCUUCAUCCCCUACCUUGUCUUCUUCUUCACCUGCGGCAUUCCGGUGUUCUUCUUGGAGGUGGCGUUGGGCCAGUACACCAGCCAGGGGAGUGUCACAGCCUGGAGGAAGAUCUGCCCCCUUCUCCAGGGCAUUGGUCUGGCAUCUGUGGUCAUUGAGUCCUAUUUGAACGUCUAUUACAUCAUCAUCCUUGCCUGGGCCCUCUUCUACCUGUUCAGCUCCUUUACCUCUGAACUGCCCUGGACCACAUGUACCAAUAACUGGAACACAGAGUACUGCGUGGACUUUCUGAACCACUCGGGAGCCAGCACAGCGACCCCCUCUGAGAACUUCACCUCACCUGUCGUGGAAUUCUGGGAGAGACGAGUUCUGGGCAUCACCUCGGGCAUCCACGAGCUGGGGGCCCUGCGCUGGGAGCUGGCCCUGUGUCUCCUGCUCGCCUGGGUCAUCUGCUACUUCUGCAUCUGGAAGGGGGUCAAGAUCACAGGCAAGGUGGUUUAUUUCACAGCCACGUUUCCCUACGUGAUGCUGGUCAUCCUUUUGAUCCGAGGCGUCACCCUUCCUGGGGCCUAUGAGGGCAUCGUCUAUUACCUGAAGCCAGAUCUGUUUCGCCUCAAGGACCCCCAGGUGUGGAUGGACGCAGGCACCCAGAUCUUCUUCUCCUUCGCCAUCUGCCAGGGGUGCCUGACAGCCCUGGGCAGCUACAACAAGUACCACAACAACUGCUACAGGGACAGCAUCGCCCUCUGCUUCCUGAACAGUGCCACCAGCUUUGCAGCCGGGUUUGUAGUCUUCUCCAUCCUGGGCUUCAUGUCCCAAGAGCAGGGGGUGCCCAUUUCUGAAGUAGCCGAGUCAGGUCCUGGUCUGGCCUUCAUCGCAUUCCCCAAGGCUGUGACUAUGAUGCCCUUAUCCCCGCUGUGGUCCUGCCUUUUCUUCAUCAUGCUCAUCUUCCUCGGGCUGGACAGCCAGUUUGUCUGUAUGGAGUGCCUGGUGACGGCCUCCGUGGACAUGUUCCCCCGGCAGCUCCGGAAGAGCGGGCGACGGGAGCUCCUCAUCCUGGCGGUGUCGGUCACGUGCUACCUCAUAGGGCUCUUCCUGGUCACCGAGGGCGGGAUGUAUAUCUUCCAGCUGUUUGAUUAUUAUGCUUCCAGUGGCACAUGCCUGCUCUUCCUCUCAGUGUUUGAAGUCAUUUGCAUCAGCUGGGUGUAUGGGGCUGACCGUUUCUAUGACAAUGUUGAGGACAUGAUUGGCUACCGGCCAUGGCCCCUGCUGAAGAUCUCCUGGCUCUUCCUGACUCCUGGACUUUGCCUGGCCACUUUCCUCUUCUCCUUGAGCAAGUACACACCCCUCAAGUACAACAACGUCUACGUGUACCCUCCCUGGGGGUACUCCAUCGGCUGGUUCCUGGCUCUCUCCUCCAUGAUCUGCGUCCCGCUCUUCAUCGUCGUCACCCUCCUGAAGACCCAGGGUCCCUUCAAGAAGCGCCUGCGGCAGCUCGUCACCCCUGACCCCAGCCUGCCACAGCCCAAGCGACACCUGUGUCUGGAUGGUAGCACUGACCAGGCCUGCACGCCCUCCCCAGCAAGGGAGGGGCUGAUAGCUGGGGAGAAAGAGACCCGCUUGUAGGAUGUGGCUGGAAGC